AUUCAAUUUUCCAAGUUACUACAUCCAAAAUGUCUGCCGAAGAACCUUUGCAUGUAGUUAUUCGUCUUCCUUAUAGAAGGCCACCCGGAUUUGUUGAACCACCUUCAAUAAUAUGGACUGAAACAAUGGAACAACAGCUAUGGGAAAUUCUAACACAAAACAAACGCCAGAGCAUUGACUGGAACUUAGCCUCGCGACGACUAAACGUUCCAAUUCCAUAUCUCUUAAGACAUGCAGCUUUCCUGUAUGAAACCCAAUUGCGUGGUGUACAAGCUCAAUUGCGACGUGGCGAAGUACUCAGUGCCAGUAAUAGCAGUAACAACUUAACAGCCCUUGGCACUACUGGUGGAAUAACAACACGCACUAGAGCAUCAAGUCGUGCAUCAUCAAAUAAAAUUCCCGCAAUGGAAAACAAUGAACCAUUGACUCGAACUAGAGCCUCAAGUAGAGCAUCAUUAAAUAAAGUUACAGUGGAUCCUAAUGAUCCGAUAAUUCGACCAAGAGCUUCGAGUCGUGCUUCUUUAACUAAAGGAUCGGUAUUAGAUUCGAAAGAAGUUCCUACUGCUCGAUCGAGAUCACCAUCGAUUAGAGAGUCUCCUAUUACUUACCGUGGUAACCCUGCUGCAAACCAAGAUACUCUAAAGAUGGGAGGUCCGUCAAAUGCGGAACCUGCAUUUAUAUACCAAGGAAGAAAUGAUACGUUAAGCAACGAAACAAGAUCAGUACCAAUUUCACAUACAUCAUCCUCUCCCCCACAGACCAAUUCUUCAUCUUUUGCACGGCGACCAGUGUCUAACGCGUCAUCUGUUUCUACAAUUACUCCCAUCGACCAGAUUACAUCAAAUCUUAGACCCAUAAUAAAUAUGCAAGGAUCUUUUAUUAGCACACUUUCAACAAUUGAAUCCGAGUCUGCUAUGACACCUUCAUUCGAGACUCCUGUUGAUCCAUAUUCGCGGAACAAAUCGCUUUCUAUUGAAGAUGGUGAUGGUGAUAAUGAUGAAAUCCAUGCAAGUAUAAAACUGCAUGAUUCUAGUUCAGACGACGAUAGCGAAGCUGAUGAGGAUUACCAAGAAUCAAAAAGCACCAUACUUGAACAGAACCUUGCUGUUUCAUUUACGGAUAAACUAAAAAAAUUACAAGGUGUUGCAGCAUUCUUGCCGCUUGUGAGUACUAGUAGCGGUAGUGGUGGCUCUGCCACCCUCGCUGGCACUAACUCAAAUGAUAAAAAAAGUCAGUCGUCAGCGUCAACGACGACUACCAACAAAGACACUCAACGUCAAGAUCCAAAAGAUAUUAAUUUAGCUGUUACUACAAAUGUAACUGCACCCCCGAAGACCGAUGAUGCAAACAACAACUCAACAGUUGGCAAGUCUCCGUUAACUCCUGCUCCGGGAAGUGCUUCAAAUUCAACGGGAUCUUCAUUUAGUGAGCUGUCAGAUUCUUCUGUAACUCGCUCGGCACUGGAAGAUGCAAUCAUGUCUUCGAAUCUUGGAGGCUCAAGAAUGUAA